GCAUGAGUCUGCGCACAUUUUAAAUUUCGGCUCUGUUGUUAUGAUCUAGGCCUAGGGCUUUGACGAAACAGGAUAGAGAAGUCUUUGUUAUGUUUUGGAUAAAAGCAAAGAUACUAGUAAAAGAGUCUCCGCCAGCUAGCAGUGAUCUGGCAUCUAGCGAUUCCAACGAGGGAGAACUAUAUGGACAUUCCUGCGUUUCCCGCUCUUUUGAGAUCCAGAGGCUUUACCCCAGACUCCCAUGGGAUCCCCCUUCCUUCUACAUGUUGCUGUGAAGUGCAGUCAUUAAUAUUCAUGGUCAAUUGACAUCUGUUGUAAUUUUCUGUUGGAGUUCCUUGCAAUUUUGAAACAAUCUCGUGUUAGGACAGUGAUUGAUUUUGUUCAAUAUUUGGAAAUAUACCAAUCCAGGCUUGUAAAGCAGUUAUGAAAUAGAUUUCAAAUUUCAAGAAUGCUACUUGUUUGUGAUGUCAGCGUUUAGGCUUAAUACGAUUAUGAUGAAAUUUGAAUGAGUCAGACGAAAUGGACAGUGUAGAAAUUUACGGUCUGAAAUUGAAGCAGUAACCUAUUGGACAUCUUGCAGUAUUCCUACAUUGAAGAUUUAACAUGGAUUACAGAUUGGACAUGAGUCAUGGAAUUGAUGAGCCACCAGUUCAAAAUUUUUGUCCAGACAGUUGGACGUGGGAUCUUGAAACGAAGUCCCAUGAGUGCCGUCUUGAAGGCGACGGCUUCCGACGAAGCUUUUUCCACCCAAACUGGUCAAACGGCACCGCAGGCGUACGUGGCACCAAAGCCCUAAAUGGAGGACAUUACUACUGGGAAAUUCAGAUAAAUAAUCGUGUUUUUGGAACAAGUAUGAUGGUUGGAAUUGGAACAAAGCAGGCACGGACACACGUAGAUGCGUUUGUGAAUUUGCUCGGUGAGAAUCAAUUUAGCUGGGGAUUAUCUCACAAAGGACUUACCUGGCACAUGGGAGUCUCACAAAUUUACACAAAGCCCUUCCCUGAGAAUCAAAGCACAACAAUCGGGGUUUACUUCGACGGAAUACAAGGUACAUUAAGUUACUAUAAAGAUGGAAUAUAUUUAGGCGUUGCUUUUGACGGCUUAGACAAUGUCAAAGAGGAACUAUAUCCGAUGAUGUCCUCGACAGCAGCGAAGACUAUUAUGACAUUGACAUCAGCUUGGCGGGAGAUGUCGACAUUACAGGAACGAUGUCGAUUGGUGAUCAUGAAGAGUUUGCAGGGGUCUGUGAAAGGUGUCGAAGAGCUUAACUUGCCUCGAAGUUUGAAGGCAUAUUUGUGUGAUUUGAACAAGAUUAAAGUGGGAUUUAUUCCUGAAUACUAUAACUCGGGUGUGUGUUUAAGAGAAGAGAACUUAUAACAGUAUUAACCUAACCUGACCACCUGUACAGUAGGUAAAUUGAUGUACAUUAUUGAUAAUGUACUAUAAGACCCUAGUUCUGUGGUGUAGUGGUAGGGAAGCAGGCUUUGGGAGUGCAUGUUUAAAAGUUUGAAACUUGCCAUGAUCUUUAUUCAUGUCCAUAAACCCAAAUCAUUCUUUGGAUUCCCAACAUUAAAUUUCCGCAAAUUCUUGCCUGUCUGCCAGUACAUGAAUGUGUUUAGUCAAGAUUGAAGAUGUACAGAUAGACCUACAGUACUUGUCUUGGGUUUAAAUUUAACCCAACUUCUAGUUAGUUUACUUUAGUUGUUUAUUUAAUUGUAUUAUUUUGUAAGAUUGCUUUGUAAGAAAAUUUUCAGUUUGAUGAUACUGUUUGGUACUGUCUACAUAAUAUACGAUUUUGCACACGAUUUUUUUUAAACAAUUUGUUUACUAGUUAUUUAAUAUGCAAUACAAGGUCAGUGUCUGUAUACAUGGACACUUUAAUGUCUUUUUUACCAGCAAUUUAUGUUAUAAUUUAGCAUUUAAUAGCUAGUGUAAUUAUGAACAGCAUUCAUAGUGCUGUAUUUUCAAUAUCAUUUUAUAAUUUUUAAGACUGAGGACAAACAUAUUGUGAUACAGGGUAUGCUUGUUAAUUGUAAAUUAAUCCUGUGGGAUACAAUAGAAUGCUUCUCAGCUGUAAUCUAAAUGAUUUAAAUGAACAAUAACAAAAUGAAUUUAAAUUUGACCCAAUUUUGAAUAAUUUUUUAUUUUAUACCAAUGUUUGUACAUUGGCGGAUUCAAGGGGCCCAGCCGGCUCUUUCCCCCCCCCCCCCCCCCCCCCCCAAAUUUUUCAGUAAUAAAGCACAUAGUUGAGCAAAUCGAUUUUGAAGUUUGAAGGUACAGUUGAAAAUUAGAAUUUGGAAAGAAAAUGUUUAGAAAUACUAUUCUAAUUUACAUCGAUCUCUUUGAUCU